CUCAAUUCCACCACUGCGAAUAUCCACAUCUCCCAGCUUCCCGAUGGUACAGAGUGUAUUUGAUCUUUUGUGCAACCAUGCAUCCGUAGUGCCUCGGGUAGCCGCUUUCACCAGAUCCAGAGCGUUGAUGGUGAUUCAGGCACGAACCGACAAAUGGGUAGGAUCGACUUUGACUUGACAUAAAAGAAGCUCUUCCGUCGUUUCUGCUUCCUUUGAAGCUCGGAUUUCUUCCAUCAACAUCUCUUGACUCUUCCGUGACGGACUCAUCCACCGUGCACCACAUCAAGAAUAACAACGUUAACCAUGCAUCUCGCUACAGUCUUCACCGCCACUCUCCUUUCGCUCAUCACCUUCUCAACAGCAUCACCUCUCCUUCAGACUAGACAGACCAUCGAUCCUCCUCCCCUCUAUUAUCUACGGACAAAGGUAGUCAACGGCGACCACAAAGAUACAGGUUCCAACAAGUCCGAUCUUUGGGUGUUCUCAUACCACACCGGAGCUGGUCUCGGCGAUGCUGGCCUAUCUUCCAAUAAAUCCUGGGCCUGGGAGGGCUAUCUCAAUGGUUCCCAACAACUCUUCACCUAUCCCAAUAACGAGAUAGGCCCUUGGCCUCUCGCUUUGGAAUACGCAAAUAGCUACCAACGAUGGGCCGAAGCAUCCAUCAGCAUCGCUCUAGGACCAACUUCCUACCAGGGCUUCUUCUUCAACGAGACUGGCUUGCAGUACAACAAUAGUGCCGGAGGUUGGUUAGCUUGCGAUUGGUGGCUUACUACGCCUCAAUUGUUCAACAUCGUUUACGGCACCGGCCCAUACCCCAACUCUUGUUCCAAGGUGCAGCUGCUACCGGUAGCUGUAUGACCUGUAAGCCACAACUUCGGUCACAGACGUCCGCCAUGAGAUGCAUUGGUUCAAAGUGGUGAAAAGCGUGUGAAAAUUGCAUCAAAUGGGCGUUGCAUUUGCACCAGGGAUUGCAUGCGGGAGCAUUAUGGAUAUCGUGUAACAUUAAUCCUAAUUGCAUUUCAAAUCGAGAGGGCUUGGUUCCGAGCGUUUGCGGCAGAGCUUGUCAUCAAUUCAAGGUCCUCGCAACAUUUGCUAUGCUUCAAUUUCUGGAUCGUAGUAUCAUCAUCCUUUACCGUGCCUCGGCCGAGAGUCUCUGAGGCCCGAUGAUUAGUCCAAAUCAGCUGCAUGCAGGCUACGUAAGGCUGGCGCAGGCCGAAUGGAGGCCUAAGCAAACCACCAAGAUUUUGUACUUGGG